AUGGCUCAGCUACUGGUUUUGUCAUGCGGAGCCUCUCAGGAGGGCUGCGAAAGCGGCUGGGCUUGUCUUGUGCGGCGAGGACGGCAGGAGGUGAAAGUUGAUGUGCUUGCGGCAUAUAACGACUGGGUCAUGGAGAUCGCGAUGCCCAAGGAGAUCCACAUGGUCGGCUUACGGAUGAGUGUCGUGGGAGAUAAGAAAGGCUUCAUGCGGUACCGUAGAAACUCUGAGAUCCAUGCUGCUGCAAGACAGACAGAAGGACGCGAGUCAUGGUUCACGUUCGUUCUGCCUGGACCUCCAGCUGAUGAUUAUCGCCUGACCGUUGAGAUCGACAUCAGCAGGCAGCACCAUGCCAUUGAAACUACCUUGUACACUCACUCCAUCAGAUUCGUUGAUCUUGACCACCGCAAACUGAAAGUCGGAGAAAUCUUCGACAGUCUUACCAUCAUUCCAGAUGAGAAUGCUACAAGUCACGGCAACGAAAUCCAAUGUAAACUUCUCAGUGCCGAUGAGAAAGAAUUGAUUCUCAUCUUUUCUCUUCCACAAGCUGAGCAACAAACGUUUUCCAUGGGCACAAACUUGUUCUGUCAGUUCAAGUGA